CUGUCCCCGCAGGCCCGGCACCAUGCGCUUCCCGCGGCUCCUGCUGUGCCUGGCUGUGUGGGCGCUGUGCGGCUCCGCGAAGCCCACGGAGCGCAAGGAGCGGGUGGUGCGGGAGGCUCCGCUCAGCGCCCGCGAGCACGACGACGCCCAGAGCUUCGACUACGACCACGACGCCUUCCUGGGCGCCGACGAGGCCAAGAGCUUCGACCAGCUCACACCAGAGGAGAGCAAGGAGCGCCUGGGGAAGAUUGUCGGGAAGAUAGAUGAGGAUGGAGAUGGGUUUGUGACAGUGGAGGAGCUCAAGGCCUGGAUCAAGUUUGCCCAAAAGCGCUGGAUUUACGAGGAUGUGGAGCGCCAGUGGAAGGGCCAUGACCUCAACGAGGACGGGCUUGUUUCCUGGGAGGAGUAUAAAAAUGCCACCUAUGGAUAUAUCCUGGACGAUCCAGACCCUGACGAUGGCUUCAACUACAAACAGAUGAUGGUGCGGGACGAGCGGCGCUUCAAGAUGGCAGACAAGGAUGGGGACCUGGCGGCCACCAAGGAGGAGUUCACAGCCUUCCUGCACCCCGAGGAGUAUGACUACAUGAAGGACAUCGUUGUGCAGGAAACCAUGGAGGACAUUGACAAGAAUGGCGAUGGUUUCAUUGACCUGGAGGAGUACAUUGGUGACAUGUACAGCCAGGAUGGCGACGCUGAUGAGCCCGAGUGGGUGAAGACGGAGCGGGAACAGUUUGUAGAAUUCCGAGACAAGAACCGGGAUGGGAAGAUGGACAAGGAGGAGACCAAGGAUUGGAUUCUGCCCUCGGACUACGACCACGCCGAGGCUGAGGCCCGGCACCUCGUCUACGAGUCCGACCAGGACAAGGUGGGCCAGCAGCUCUGGGGGGAUUUUGGGAGCGGGAUGGGAGGAGUGGGGAAUAGCAGGGUGGGGAAUAGCGGGAUGGGGAAUAGCGGGAUGGGAAUAGUGGGUGGGGAAUAG